AUGAUGCUCCUGAGAAGCUUGUGUGUGACCUUUCUCCUCUUGGUCCUGGUCGAGGCUCAGUAUGAGAAGUACAGUUUUAAAAGUUUCCCCCAGAAGGACAUCAUGCCCCUGGACUCUGCGUACGGUUACGCGUUGGAGCAGUACGCAGCGCAGAACUGGGCAGAGAGCAUCAAGUUUCUGGAGCUCAGCCUGCGGCUACACCGGCUCCUGCGGGACAGCGAGGCUUUCUGCAGCCGCAGCUGUAGCUCCGUCAGCCGGGACAACGACACCCUCUUCUCCGACAACACCCUCCGAGUAGUGCGCCACAUUCUGCUGAGAGCUGCGUGCCUUAAAAAGUGCAAGGCGGACUUUCCAGUGUUUACCCUCGCAUACCCAAAGAGGGAUUUAUUGGAAAGUUUCGAGCAAAGGAUACCGUAUCGGUAUAUCCAGUAUGCGUACUACCAGCUCAACAACUUGGAGAAAGCCGUAGCAGCUGCUCACACCUUCCUGAAGAAGAACCCAGACGAUCCCUAUCUGACCAAGAAUAUGAAAUACUACAAGACACUGUUUGAUGUGGAUGAAUAUCUCAUCGACCACGAGGAGCAGCCGUAUGAAAGUGUGUUUUUGAAGAGCGUGGUGCUUUACAACAGCGGAGACUUCAGCAACAGCGCCCGAAACAUGGAGCAGGCCAUCACACAAUAUUUUGAAGGAUAUAACCUCUGUUCAGCAGGCUGCGAGGGCUCGUAUGAGAUAUUAGAGUUCAAAGAUUUCUAUCCCACUCUAGCAGAUCUCUACACCGAUGUGCUGAAAUGUAAGAUAAAAUGUGAGGAGUUCCUAACACCCAACGUGGGAGGCUUCUUUGUGGAGAAGUUUGUAGCCACCAUGUAUCACUACCUCCAGUUUUCCUAUUAUAAAUUGAACGAUGUAAAGAACGCUGCUCCGUGUGCAGCCAGUUAUAUGCUGUUUGACUCUAAAGACCAGGUGAUGAUGCAAAAUGUAGCGUACUAUCGCUUCUACCGGGAGCAGUGGGGGCUGGAGGACAAUGAUUUUGAGCCUCGGCCUGAGGCCUUGACGUAUUUUAACCAGACAACCAAGCAGAAAGAGAUGCUGGAGUUUGCACUGAACUACUUACAAACAGACGACGAGGAUGUAGUAAGUCCAGAAGAAGUGGUCACCUCUGAGCAUCCGGACGCAGAGUUUGAAGGUAUGGGAGACUACGAGGAGUCCUUCCUGGCUGAGUGGUGGCAGGAGCCCAAAACUAAGUGGGACACUGGAGAGGUUGCAGACUGAUGUUUGUCCUCGUCCUCUGUGAAGAAUGCUUCCUCGUACAGCUCUGUCUCACCUCUCACGACGUCAUACCAGAGAACAUUGACGUCCCUGCAGACAGACCUACGAUCCCAACAGUAUUUAGCAGAAAAGGCACAACUUAAACACAGUUGUGCACAUUCAAAUGAACUUAUGUUGAUCAAGAUCACAGA